UUAUCUCAAGAUUGAUUGCUCCCGAAUAACUGCUUCCAGCUUCUCAAGGUGACCCUGUAGUAUUACUUGAUUUGUUGUGAAGAAACAUGGGAGGUGGGAAGGACAAGCAUGAUGAAUCAGCUGACAAAGGGCUGUUUUCAAGUUAUGGUCAUAAUCCUCCUGGACAGUACCCUCCACCGCCUGGAGCAUACCCUCCCCAAGGUUACCCACCAGCAGGAUACCCUCAACAGGGGUACCCUCCCCAGGGAUACCCUCAACAGGGAUAUCCCCCACAAGGCUAUCCACCAGCAGGACAAUACCCUGGUGCAUACCCACCAUCUGGUUAUCCUGGUCCCUCUGCUCCACCACAGCACUCAGGGCAUGGACCUGGAGUAGGAGCAAUGCUUGCUGGGGGUGCUGCAGCCGCAGCAGCAGCUUAUGGUGCCCACAUGAUACAUGGUAGUUCCCACAUGCCACAUGGAGGUUCCCACAUGCCAAUGCCAUUUGGAGGUGCCCAUAUGACACAUGGUGGUAACUAUGGACAUGGUCAUGGCAAGUUCAAGCAUGGAAAGUUCAAGCAUGGGAAGCACGGGAAAUUUGGCAAGCAUAAUAAGCAUGGGAUGUAUGGAGGAAAGUUCAAGAAGUGGAAGUGAUUUUAUGCUUUACAGUCCUCUUACACAUAUUCUGACUCUAGAGUUGCUUAUCCUUGGUUCCGAAAAUAAAUCUUACAGUUCAAUCCCUGCAUUGUUGAUUGAAUAUUUGUAUGAGAAUGGUUGAUAAAAUAUAUUCCUUUAUGGCUUGUUUGACAUGUUGUACAUUAAUCAUUUGGGCUCUGUGGAGAGUUUGGUAACAUGUUUAGAUAAGAAAGGAGGGGAGGAGAUGUUGAUUUCCUGUUUCUCUUCCCCCACCAUUGUCCAGUGUUAAGUGCUUCUUUUCAGCUAUAGGAUUGGUUUUGCCUGCUCAUUAACUAUGAGUUCAUGGUUCAAAUGACUCGUAACUAAUUUAUCCGAUAUAUUAUCAUUUUCAUGCGGCUCAUUCGA